AGUUAGGAGCAAGUUUCGAACGAACCUCACAGCGAGCAACAUGCAGUCCUCUCUCAUCGCCAUCCUGCUGGCCACCGUGGCUAUCGGCUCCUGCACCGCGAAUCCCAGUCUUAUCUCUGGUCCUUCGCGCAUUCUUGAGAUAAUGAGCGCCACCAGCGAUAUGCAGCGUAAUAAUCCACAACUGGCACUAGAAUGCUUCGACUACUACAAUGCUCUGUUCAAAUCCGAGUAUGAGGAGUAUGUGGAUGAGUACAACCAGUGCAUCACCACCUAUGAUGGCGGUUAUGAACUGGUCCUGCAGCGGUACGUACCCAUUGCCUGGGGCAUCAGCAAUACCACCUUCGACUCCUGCAUGUACCUGCUGGACUGUGAUAACCAGAAUAGCAGUGAGAACGCUCUGUCCUGCUACGCCAGUGAGGGUCCCAUUAAAUCCAAGGAGUUGUCCAGUGUGGCCUACAAUGCUUCGACCCAGGUCAGUUCGCUGCGUCAGGAGGUCGAGCAACUGGUGUUCACCCGUGAUCAAUGCUGCAACGAAUCGUCCAGGAACUAUGAGAUCAGCUCCGGAGAGUCCUACCAAGCUCUUCAGAACUGCCUGGCAGGUCUGAGUCCAGUGCCGGAAAGUAGCACCACUACCACCACUUCCGCCACUACCACUACCCCCCAGACCACCACCACUACCCCCCAGCCCACCACCACUACCCCCCAGCCCACCACCACCGCCUCCCCCGUUGUUUCCACUGUUAGCUCCACAACCAGACCUGCAACCACAUCCGCACCAAUUAUAAGUACGUCAUCAACGGGAUCUCCAUCGACAGCUGCACGUUUCAGUUCCAUGGAAAACAACAGUGGCCGAUUUGCUAGAAAACUGGACAGUAUUUUCAAGCAUAUGGCUUAAGAAUUCAUCAAUAUUAAGUUCAAAACCAAUAAAAUAUUAAACAAGAA